AUGCCCCAGUACAUCCUCUGGAUCUUUUUCUUGGCAACAAUGAAGGCGAGAGGGGAGCUGCCGUUCAUUGCAGAAAACAACGCGGCUAUGAUGGUAAACUGGAAUGCAGUUGAAGAAAACAAAAAACUAUAUGCAAUUUAUGACACGAGUGUGAACGAUCCCGGCAACAUGUCCUUCGUGAAAGAAACUGUGGAUAAAUUGUUGAAGGGCUACGACAUCCGCCUCCGGCCGGAUUUCGGAGGUCCGCCCGUCUGCGUGGGGAUGAACAUCGACAUCGCCAGCAUCGACAUGGUUUCCGAAGUCAACAUGGAUUACACUUUGACUAUGUAUUUUCAACAGUACUGGAGAGAUAAGAGGCUAGCUUACGCUGGCAUACCUCUCAACCUCACGCUUGAUAACCGAGUGGCAGAUCAACUCUGGGUGCCUGACACUUACUUCCUAAAUGACAAGAAAUCAUUUGUGCAUGGCGUUACCGUGAAGAAUCGAAUGAUUCGCCUUCACCCAGACGGAACGGUGCUUUACGGCCUCAGAAUCACAACCACUGCAGCUUGUAUGAUGGACUUGAGAAGAUACCCAUUAGAUGAACAAAACUGUACUCUGGAAAUAGAAAGCUAUGGCUACACAACCGACGACAUAGAGUUCUACUGGAGAGGUGGAGAUAAUGCAGUCACUGGCGUGGAGAGGAUUGAGCUUCCUCAGUUCUCCAUCGUGGAAUAUAGACUGGUGUCAAAGAAUGUUGUCUUUGCCACAGGUGCCUAUCCAAGACUCUCACUGAGCUUCAGGUUGAAGAGAAAUAUUGGAUACUUUAUUCUUCAAACCUACAUGCCCUCCAUACUGAUUACCAUUUUAUCAUGGGUGUCAUUCUGGAUCAAUUAUGAUGCAUCAGCAGCAAGAGUUGCCCUUGGAAUUACAACUGUGCUGACUAUGACAACAAUCAACACUCAUCUGCGAGAGACUUUGCCUAAAAUUCCGUAUGUUAAAGCCAUUGACAUGUAUCUCAUGGGCUGCUUUGUAUUUGUCUUCUUGGCCUUACUUGAAUACGCCUUUGUCAACUACAUUUUCUUCGGAAAAGGCCCUCAAAGGCAGAAGAAACUUGCAGAAAAAACAGCAAAGGCAAACAACGAUCGCUCAAAGUUUGAAGGCAACCGGGUGGACACCCAUGGAAACAUUCUGCUAACAUCGCUUGAAAUUCACAACGAGGUGGCAAGCAACGAGGUCACCACCAGCGUUACGGAUGCCCGAAAUUCAACGAUAUCCUUUGACAACUCAGGAAUCCAGUACAGAAAACAAAGCUCACAUCGCGAAAGCCUUGGAAGGCGUUCGUCAGAAAGAACAGGCUCCCACAGCAAGAGGGGCCAUUUACGAAGAAGGUCUUCGCAACUGAAAAUAAAAAUCCCUGAUCUAACAGAUGUGAAUGCCAUUGACAGAUGGUCAAGAAUGGUGUUUCCAUUCACAUUUUCUCUUUUCAACUUAAUUUACUGGCUAUACUAUGUUAACUGA